AUGUCUGACAAGACUCCCACUCUGUGUUCCAACGGCCAGUCGACAUCCGACGCUCCUCCACGAACUUGCGAAUCAACACUGCCAUGCAAGGAGAACGUCGGGUGGCGUCGGGUUGUGCGGAAUUUCACACCGUCAUGGUUUGCAGUUUGCAUGGGGACAGGCAUCAUCUCAAUUCUCUUACAUAACCUCCCUUACAAUGCAGAGUGGCUGCAGUGUGUCUCAUACACCUUUUUCGGCCUCAAUGUGAUCUUGUUCGUCACCUUCCUGGGGAUGUCCAUAGCCCGCUACACGCUGUACCCUGAGAUCUGGGGGGCCAUGAUCUCUCACCCCGGCCAGUCUUUGUUCUUGGGAUGCUUCCCAAUGGCUUUUGCCACAAUCAUCAACAUGAUGGUUUUAUGCUGCAAACAGUGGGGCGAUGGGUUCAUCUACCUGGCAUGGGCGUUCUGGUGGAUUGAUGUGUGGUUGUCAGUUGCAACCUGCAUAAGCAUGCCGUUUAUCGUUAUGCACCGGCACCGACCGGGAUUGCAAAACAUCACCGCUGCUCUUCUCCUCCCCAUUGUCCCCGCAGUUGUCGCGGCCGCAUCGGGAGGCAUUGUCGCCGAGGCACUCCCUAACCGCGCCCAUGCCAUGACUACAGUCAUCACGUCUUACGUUCUCUGGGGAAUUGGCGAGUCCUUCUCCGCCUGUGUGCUGGCCCUGUACUUCCACCGGCUGACCAUCCACUCCAUUCCGCCCAAGGAGGCCAUUGUCUCCGUGUUCCUGCCUAUCGGUCCCCUGGGCCAGGGCGGAUUUGGGAUUCAGCAGCUGGGAAAGGUGGCUAUGAAGCUACUCCCCGAGUCCACUGCGUUUGGAUCCCUGGCCCUGCGUGGCGGUGAGAUCCUGUAUGUCUUGGGCGUGUUCCUAGCGAUUCUGAUGUGGGGGUUUGCUUUGGUCUGGUUAUCAUUUGCACUUAUCAGCAUUGCUACCAUGCAGAGCCUCCCAUUCAAUAUGGGCUGGUGGGGAUUUACAUUCCCGCUAGGCGUAUUGGCAACAUGCACAGGCGCCCUGGCGGAGAACCUUGAUAGUGACUUCUUCAAGGUGUCUACAAUGAUCCUUUCGCUUUCGGUUUUGCUGCUGUGGAUUGUUGUCGCAACCAGGACCGUGAAGCUGGCCAUCACAGGCGAGAUGUUCCAUGCGCCUUGCUUGAAGGAUUUGAGAGACAAGUCUGAAGCAGCAGGGUCUGACAGAAGGGUCUAG